GUUCUCUGAUAGUUUGUGGGACGUGUGUGUUUAAACGGAAAGUGUAAAUAAAGCAGUGUGACAGAGUUUAAUAGCUGACGAAACAUAAAAUAGAGUUUGAUUUUUAGCAGUUUGUAGUGUUUUUCCGAUUCAAUCAUGGCAAAGAGUAAAUCUGAAAAUAAAGCCCCCAGAAAAGAGGGGUUCAACCGGUCUGGUCACAGCAUGAAUCCAGAACGAAGGACAGAAGGACUGAAGGGAGUUGCAAAAGUACGAACGAAAUCUACAAUUAAGCGUCUUCAGAUGUACAGGAACUUCAAACCAAAACGAGAUAGAACAGGAAAAAUCAUAAGUCCAGCACCUUUUCAAGGGAAAUUAGCGUCUGGUACAGUGGCAAGAAUUGAGCCAAAUCAGAAAUGGUUUGGGAAUUCUCGUGUCAUCACACAAAAUGCACUCCAGAAGUUUCAAGAGGAAUUAGGAGUAGCUGUUAAAAAUCCAUAUGAUGUUGUUAUGAAACCAACAAAGCUGCCAAUAACACUGUUGAAUGAGAAAGCUAAGAACACAAGAGUACAUAUUUUAGACACAGAAAGUUUUGACAGUGUUUUUGGGCCUAAAAAAAGCAGAAAGAGACCGCAUAUAAGAGUAGGAGAUCUUGAAAACUUAUCAAAAAUGGCUGAAAGUAGUGCUGCUAAUUACAAAGAAGAUAAAGAUCGCGAUUUAGUGAAAGAGGACAGCGGUAUUAAAGAUGCACCCCGGGAGUGGAUAAUGGCAGCUGGGCAGAGUAAACGUAUUUGGAAUGAGCUGCACAAGGUGAUUGACUCUUCUGAUGUUGUGUUGCAAGUUUUAGAUGCCAGAGAUCCAUUAGGCACCAGGUGCCCAUACAUUGAAAAUUUUUUGAAGACAGAAAAGCCUCAUAAACACCUCAUAUUUAUUUUGAAUAAAGUUGAUUUGGUCCCCACGUGGGUGACACAAAGAUGGGUUGCUGUCCUCAGCUCAGAAUAUCCUACGAUAGCAUUUCAUGCUUCUAUUACACAUCCUUUUGGUAAAGGAUCUCUGAUAAACCUACUGAGACAGUUUUCAAAGCUUCAUAUUGAUAAGAAACAGAUUAGUGUUGGCCUCAUAGGGUACCCAAAUGUGGGAAAAAGCUCUAUAAUUAACACACUUCGCUCAAAGAAGGUAUGCAAAGUGGCACCAAUAGCUGGUGAAACCAAAGUGUGGCAGUAUGUCACUUUAAUGAGGCGAAUUUACCUCAUAGACUGUCCAGGUGUUGUGUACCCAUCAGCAGAAACUGAUACUGAGAAAGUUCUUAAGGGAGUAGUGAGGGUUGAGCUAGUUCAAAACCCAGAGGACUAUAUUCCACCUGUCCUUGAGCGAGUUAAGAGAGAAUACAUUGUUAAAACAUACCAAGUAGAUGGCUGGGAAACAGCUGAAGAUUUUCUUGAGAAAUUAGCAUUUCGAACUGGGAAGCUUUUGAAAGGAGGUGAACCUGAUAUUACAAUAGUUUCCCGCAUCAUUCUCAAUGAUUGGCAGAGAGGGAAGUUGCCCUUCUAUGUUAUGCCACCUGGAUUUGAGAUUCCACUUUCCAUGAAGGAGCAAACAGGAAACAGUGAACAUGGAAAUGAAAGUUCUGUUCAUGCAAAUGAAAGCAGUAAUAGCCAAACCCCAUGCACUACUGAAAUAAAGGAAACAGGUAACAGAAGUGAAGUAUCAACAACAAAAACCAUUGACAAAGAAGAUGAAGGGAAAAUUGUCACCACUGAAAGUGAGAAUAAAGUAUCUAAUGAGAAUACAAAUGAUAAUGUAUCAGGUAAUCAUAAUAGUGCUAGUGACAUACAGCAAAGAGCCGAUCCAGUAAAAUCUGUGGAAGAAUGUGAAAUUUCAGUUGAAACACAAGCUACAGAUAAUAUGCAGAUAAAUGAGGAAAUCACGCAAGACAGCAGUAAGUGCAAUAAGAAGGAACCUUUGUUGAAAGUAAUGCAGAACUUUAAUAAAAUAAAAGUGGCAUUGCCAUAUAUUGCUAAGGAGGACAGAGAGCUAAGACUGAAACUAGGUUGUGAAGAUAAUACUUCAGACUUAAGUGACAGCGAGGGUUCUGUAGAAGAUUCAGAUAGUGAAGUGGACAAUGAAAAUAGUGCAGAAAACCAGAAAGGGGGCGGUAAUGGUGAUAGUGACAGUUCAUCUCUGUUUGAUUCUGACGACGAAUACUUUGAAAGUAAGCAUAAUGUUAGUGUGGAAUCAACAAGUGGUAAUUUCCAGGUAACAAAUCUGAAACACAAGAAAAGACGAAAGGUUGAUCAAGACAGUGCUUCUCUUCCUCAGCUAACAAGUAAAAUGCGAAGAAGAAUAGAAAGACAAAACCGGUCUAAAAAGGUUGGAAGUAAUUUCUAUGCUACGCAUAAUGUGAAAAAUAGAAAUAGAAAUAAAAAGAAAAUAUAAAUAUGAUGUAUGGUGGUUAAGCUUUUUAUAAAUGGCAAAUCAUUUGUGUUUAAGUAUCAUUGUUGUUAUGUAAUUAUAUUUAUUUUUGUAAAACGAUUUACUUUUGAUUCAAAUUGUUUUAGUGCUUCAUUUAAGCUACUGCACAAUUUUUAAAGUAUUUUUUUUUAUUUAUGUGGCUUGUUAUUAACUGUCAUACUAGGUGCCCUACUAUGAGCAAAAAUCUGUUAACAUGUUUUAGUAAUUUUGAAUCUCAAAGUUAACUUGCUGCAAGUUGUGUUAUGCGUUAGACUUGAUACAGCUCAAGUGCGUAUUAAAGAAAGUACGUGCUAUAGGGCAUUAAUUAAAAUUUGUGUCAGGAUUGAGGAUUUCAGAGUAGGAAGGAAGCAGCAUGUCAUCGUGAAUGGAAAGUCAUUGACAGAUGUAGGAGUAACUUAAGGUGUGCCCCAGAGAAGUAUGUUGGAGCUCUUGCUGAUCAUGUGGUGUGACCUGUAUGACAAAUGUUGCACAAAUAUUCACUUUCGUUUGGUAAGUCACAUCAUCUUUGGGGGAGAGGGAGGGUGUAUAGAUAAAUGGUAACACAUGGGAGGAACAUCAUCAGAAUUGGAACAGUAUGCAAAAGUUGAGGCCACCAUUUAGAUCAUAAGGAAAAUACAAACCUUCCUAUGGGUCCCGCAGUCCCUAGAUCAGUGAUUCGCCGAAUAGAAUAAACACUGAAGCAAAAUGCACGUGAACUGCAUACCCAUAUGUACUUAUAUAAAAAUUUCAAUUUCAUCAGACUUGCGAGAUCCACUGGGCUGUUCAACCAGUCCAUAGUAAAUGGUCCAAUAAAAAGAAAGAAGCUUCUGUUCACUACUGUUAAUAAAUAACAAACACAUUAUGAACAGAGCUAUGGACACUAGAGUUGACCUCUUUAAAUCAAUGGCUUUAACAAGAAUACACAAACUGUACUUCCUAUGGUAAUGAGGGAGAGAAAUAAUUGUAGGUCUUCUCUCGUUUACAGCAAAGAGGCCUACAGUUGUAUGCAGUGUCAUUGUAAUAUUAUUUGUAAAAGGUCAUGGUAGGGCAUUGAACUAUGAGAGUGUAAUUGCAUAAAAUCCUGUGUUUUUAGUAAUGUGACUGAGAAGGUGUAGUGUUAAACUGCAUAAUUUCUAGGCCACAGUUUUCUUUCUGUCUCCUCUUUCCCCUUUUUAAAGUUAUAUGCUUCAGACCGAAACCGCUAUUAUUUCAUGAUACCCUUCUGUUAUAUUAGCAUUUUUUUGCAUUGAGUGUGCAUGUUAAUUAAAAACUGUGUCAUCAGUUUGUUAGUAAUUUUGUGUGUUGCACUGAGGAUCUCUUCAGUACUUUAUUUGAUAAGAUAUAAAACUUGUUUUGAACAUUUUUGUUAAUUACUCUUGU